AAACAGUGGGCUGCAUCUUCUGCAGCAGCUGGAAAGUGGUCAUUGCAGUUCUCUGAAUCUGAAGAGUCAGAUCCUGAUUGGGGCUGCUGGAGUGCAAGCCAAGAGUUAAGAAAUCCGUCUAUUGGAAUCAUUUUCCCCACAAUUGAAAGAGAAAAAAUGGCAAGUUAUGGAAUUUUGGCUUCAAGACACCUAUUGUGCUCCUCACAGUUGCGCUGA